AUGAGAGAUGGUGAAUCUUUAUCUGGUUAUCUUACUCGCUUAAAUGAGAUGAUUAAUCAAAUGAAAACAUUUGGAGAAACACUUUCGAAUGAGAGAUUAGUGCAAAAAGUGUUGAUUAGUCUGAGUUAUGAUUCUAUAUGCUUGGUGAUUGAAAAUACUAAACGCCUUGAAACUAUUAAGUUACAAGAAGUACUUGCUAUUUUGAAAAGUCAAGAGCAGCGUUUUGAUUUACAUUCCUUUGAUGUAACUGAGAAGACCUUUGCCUCCUUAUCUGUGGGUAGUAAUGGACAGAAUAAGAACAAUUCACAGUCUAGUGGUUAUCAGGCUCAGAAUAGCUGGAAUUCAAGGGAGACAAAUGUCAAUGGCAAUUGGUACAUUGACAACGGUUAUAGUAACCACAUGAUAGGGAAUGCUGAUCUCCUUGUUGAUAUAAGAAAAAAUGUUGCUGGAAAAGUGCAAAUGCCUACUGGUGUGUUGGUAAAUGUUGCUGGAAUGGGAUCAUUGACAACAGACACCAAUAAAGGCAAUAAGUACAUCAGAGAAGUCAUGCAUUUGCCAGGGUUGAAAGAAAACUUACUGAGUGUUGGACAAAUGGAUGAGCAUGGAUAA